UCUUGCCGACAGAUAAACAAAAACUAAACUGUCAUCGAAAAAUACGAGAGAAAGUGGAUAAGCGGACGCUGUUCGUGAAAAAAAUCAUAUACCUAUUUAAUAACCUGAUAAUAGAUUAAGAGUCUUCUGACUAUGACUAUGAUGCACUAACUGAAAAGUACAAUAAUUGAUAUAUUUCACUAUUUGCUCUGUUGACCAUCGUUUCGAUAUCAGUUAUUUUCGCUCACCUCAUUAUUAAAAUGAAUCCGGCUCCAAAGAAAAUAAGAAAAAGCUUAUCCUUACAAACAAAAAUCGAUAUUCUGGACUGUCUUGCUGCGGGAGCAAAAAUAGCCCAAAUAGGCCGGAAGUUCAACAUAUCGCCGUCAACAAUUGCAACUAUCAGACAUAACGCGACUAGCAUCAGGCAAGCCGUCACUCGGGGUGCAGACAUAAGUGCCAGCCGGUCAUCGUACGUCCGUAACCCGCUAACCGAGCGAAUGGAAAAGAUGUUGCUCGCCUGGAUGGAAGACAAUCAGCGGGAAAACAAAUCGCUGGAUAGCGAAACGAUACGAGCGAGGGCUCUUCACAUCUAUGGCCAAUUGCAGGCUGAGCAGGGAACGGAGGUACCACAAAAACGAGUAUUCCAAGCGAGUGCGGGAUGGUUUGAAAAGUUCACGAAAAGAUAUUCACUGCCAGGUGCGAAAGGAGAGAUUUCACCUCUGGGUGCUUCUGCUACCUUUCCGUCCGAAGAGAGCGAGAUGAUGGAAAUGUUGAUCGAUCCUGAAGCUGCCUCAACUUGCGUCGAAGGGACCGAAAAUCAUUCACUAGAAUUCGAUCAAGUUAAAUUGGGUGAAUUGCUUGAGAUUUCGGAAGUUAUGGCAAAUCUCGUGUUGAGCGAGGAUAUGAACACUGGGCGGGCGGUAAAGUUUCAAAAGGAUCUCAACAAGCUUAUGGAGCGCUACAAAGAGCUUCAUCACCAGCAAUCUGCUAUCGUUUCAAACUAUGAAAAUAGCUUGGUUAAGGAGGAGAAAUUUACACCAUAUUAAUAAGCUUAUUUAUAAGAUUGAGUUAAUAUAACAUCGACUAUUUAUUUAUUUGCAUACUAAAUAAAAAGAGAUAUUUUAA